AUCGUCGGGCAGCGCUCCUCGAUCCUCGUCACCGUCAUCAUCACAUUACUCUCUCUAUCAUAUUCCUUCGACGGCGUCUCCUUGAGCAGAGCCGAUCAAGCAGGGCUCCUUGACCAUAACGCAGCCUCCGUUGGCAGCGUGGGAGCUCAGUCAAGGUCCGAAGGGAGUCGCGCUUUCAAUCGUGGAAAGCUCCUCACCCAACGUCCCGAAGGAGUAGAUUCGCGUCACGGACUCCUCCGCUGAAGAGCGUCCUUUGUGCCUGUAGCCUUCUACGGAAGCUCACUAGCUGGGACAACCACUCAUCCACAGUCGUCUCGCGCGUCUGCAGUUGUUCGGGCAGCCGCGAUACUUUCCUUCCUAUCUGCUCCCGCUGCUCUGGCGCAGCUCCCGAGACUAAGGGAGGAGUGGUCGGGCCUGCCGCUGAAUCGCUGACGGCAUCGGACUGUCAUGGCCCCAUCUGCCUAUGCAAGCUCCUCCAAAGUGACACUCAGCCAUACUUCCUUACAGUCGCAAUUGCAAUCACAGCAUCGCCCUGCAACUUCUGUGACAACCGGCGAACAGGGCUCAGACGAAGAUGAGGAGGGACAGAUUCUCAGCCCUUCUCCACCGCUGCUCAGGGCAAAGAGGUCAGUGAGCCCUGUGGCUGGUCGGCCGUCGUCAGAACUGCUUGCGCUUCCUCGACGGCCUCCUCCAGGCUCUCCCACACAUGCGCCCCUAGCCAGCCAUCUUUCCCCACCCCUGUCUCAAAGACCUCGCUCCUCCAGAGAGCGCCCGCAAUCACCAUCCUCGAGACACAGCUCCACUCGGCGGGAUUGGCGUCGUACUCCUUCUCCUCCUGUAGACCGCCGAUCUCAUCGGCAUCGGUCGCCGCCGCCUCGGGAAUCCCACAGGCCGCCGCGCCGGAGCCGUAGUCCUAGUCUAGAGAGAGAUCGCAUCCGCGAUCGCGACGACAGGAGGAAGUCUUCGAAGAGGGACAAGGACGAUUAUGACCACCAGCCAGCGCGCGAUCGAGAUAGGACUAAGGACGACUUCCAAUAUCGAUCAGGGCACGACAGAGACAGGGACGAAUACGAGUAUCGCCGAGCUCGGGACAGGGAGAGGGACGAGCUCGAACGUCGGGCUUGGAGGGAUAGGGAUUUCGAGUCGAACGAACGUCGGCAUCGGCAUGGGCGAGACUCCAAGUCGCAGUAUGAUAGAAGAGAUUACGAUCGGUCCCCUGAAGCCCGGGAGGACAGAGCCCGAGUCAGUGGGGCCAGAAGCGAGAGGCAAGGGCCCGGUAGUGCCAGGGGGAGGGAAGGCCUUCGCGAGGACGAGCGGCAUCGCGGAAGGGAUGGCCUGUUCAAUCAUUCUCGCAUCGGUUCCCAUUCUUCUGGUGAGACACCCCACAAGCGGCGCCUCUCCGCGGUGAGCGACCUGCCUGCACCAACUGCCAAGGACACCGCCGCGCCGCCAGCUCCGCCGAACAUGACUGAAGAGGUCAAGCAUGAACCUUCGAGAGACAAGUCCAAGUCGACUACUACUUAUUCCGAAAGCCUGUUGCCCAACGGCUCCGCAACACGGCCCAGCUCCGGGCAGGGAGUGCCUUCCUUGCUACCCAAUGGCAGUUCUCAACCCUCGCUACCUUCAGUUGCAGCCUCCUCUAAACUUGAUGAGGGCACGCCUGCCGGAAGCAGAUGGGCCAAGCUCAGUCAAGAUGCUUCUCGCUCGUUUUCGGACACGAAGCCGAGAGUACCUUUGGCACCUUCUUCUUUGAGAUCAAUAUCAAUCGGGUCUCAGCCCGUACCUACUGGACCUCGCGCUGAGAGAGGCAGUCAGCUUCCGGCAGUUACACCGCAAGUACCUACAGGUCCCAAGGCUUUUUCGGUCAGCGCACAGUCGAAGGCAGCAGUCCAUCGAGGCGGAUCACUUACAAGCAGCCCUGCUACACCCACUACACCGACGCUGCCCACUUCUGCUUCUCGGUCGCUUCCAUCGCAGGUAGCUCCUCCGCCUCCGAGUGCCCCGGCACCACCUCCACCUCCGGAAGACGACUCGCAAAUGUCCCCUCCUCCGCCGCCUCCUGUUUCCAUGGCUCCUCCGCCUGAGCAAGCGACGAGGCUGCCGCGGAAAGAGACAAUCUCCACGUGGAAACUUGUCUCUGAAGGGCAAAGCCAUGCUGUCACUUCAGCAGGUCAGCAAGCUAAUCAUCCGAGCCCGAGGAAGACAUCCGUCAAGGAUGAAAUCCCUGCGACCGGAUCAGAUCCUCGGCAAGAUAAACAAAGCUGGCGGAAGCACGUCCACCGAUCCAAGAGACCUGCACGAGACCAGCUUGUCAGGGUGACGUGGAAAUGGGAUUCGAACUCUGCAGAUCCCAAGCCGCCUCCGCCUGCCAGAGCUAUCCUCGUGACCGGUCUGUCGCCGUUGGCCUCGAUCACCAUGUUACGUAGCCUGUUCCGACAAUUCGGCCGACCUCAGGAGUCUGCCCUCAUGACAGACCCCAAGACUGGAGAGAGCCUGGGAAUCUAUUGGCACCAAUUUGCUCAUGAUUUCCAAGACCUGCCAGAUUCAGAAGAUGAUGGUCCACUCAAGGCGGAAGCUACUGCACCUGGUCAGCACGGUCACCGAUCAGCUUCGGACGCCGUUGCUAACAUCAAUGGCCGCCGCAUUGGCGCUACCACCGAUGCGUGUGUCGUCAAAGUGGAGCUCGAUGGGCAAAAGCUGUCAUUCAACCGAGCAUGCCGGGACGCCUUGCGGAUACGCCACGAAAAGAAGGCUGCGGAAAUCCGCGAAAAGAAGGAGACACACCCCGCCGCCAAUGGCGAUCUGGCCGCCAAGACGUUGCCUCCUACCUCAGCGCCAAUGGGCCAUGCACCCGCAAGGCGUGGCUUUGCAGGACAGCAGCACACCAGCUCACCCGCUACUGGUAGUUAUGCUAGCACGUCCUCACCCUUCACACCAGUUGGCGCUGGACGCUCACCUUUGUCGAACUCGUUCCGUGGCAGCACUGAUUACAAGGCAUCGCUUCGCAGAGAUGAUUCGGCGCGGCCCAAUGAUGCCAAGGGCUCCGAUAGGACUUGGGCCCGGCAUCAACCCCCCGAUGAUCGGGCUUCCAGACGCGUCCCCGAAAGCAGCCAUCUGUCUGGUCCUCCAGGCUCCAGGCGUGCGAUGCUUGUCGGCGUAGGGGAGAAUGGAGCUGACUCCACUGUGAUGAUCAUGGCACAGCUGGCUUCCUUAGGCUACCCAUACGUCUUCAUACCUCAGUCUCCCGGAAGCAGGGCCGAGCACAGCCUGGCAGACAUUGAACAACAGUUCAGUGCCUUCUCUCCGCAAUACAUGGCCAGGGAUGAGAGCGGCUGGUAUGUCGGCUUCGAUCGUGACGAUGCUGCAGGUAGGAGCAAAUUUGUCUGCGACAAGAGUCAGAUCUCAGGAUGCAACAUUGAUGUGCAAGUACGAGACGCUCCGGACAUGACCGAUGAGAUGCAUCAGUUGCUUGACGAACGCGAGGACAAGGAACGACAUCACGACACAGGCCGGCGUCCGUCGACAAAGGCAAGAAUUGAACUCGCCGAAGAUGGCAGACAUGGCUUUGCAGUCGGAGCCUCGCUGGGACCUGAGCACGUCAAAGCCCAUCGCAGAAGGACUGGAGGCUACACAGAGAAGGAGCUUCGAGAAGAGGCACAAGAUAGGAUUCUCAAAGAGCUGACUGCUGUCCUCCAGCGGGACUGCCGCGCUCGUAUUCUCGGCCCUUACAUCUCUGAGUUCUUGAAACCCAAUGCGCCUGGCGGCGUGGCCUUGAAAGAGGCUGCUGAGGCUGCUGCCCAAUCACGAGACCAAAAGGCUCAAAGACAGAGCGAGAGCAGCAAUGUGCCAGUAGUGGACGAGUCGGCAAUUGCGGGAGAUAGGCUGCCUUCCUUCCGGAGAAAGCGAGAGCCGACGCCGCCUCGUCGCCGUGCUCUUCCUGCUGAUUUGGAGGAUAUCGAUAAGGCCAAGAUGAUCGAGCGCGGCCGCAAGGCUCGUGCCGCGUUCACCCGCGAGCUUUCUGCGGGAGCCUCGUCUGGUUCACCUACGCUCGUCUCCACAGCUGCCGCUGAGGAUUUGCAAGAGGACGACGAAGAGACCUCAACAGCCGCAGAUGCCGAAGAACAAGAGGAAGCCGAUUUGCCCGUCAAAGCCGUGUCUGCGGUCAAGAAGGGUGGCAAAGACAGCAAGGGCGCCAAGUCUCGCUCGACCAAAACUAUCGUCUACAGCAGUGACGAGGAUGACCAGUCUGCCCCAGAGACGGAAGCAGACGCGAUGGAAGUCGAUGAGGAGCCGCCUGCAAAGAAGACGGCUCCAUCUUCCGCCAGUACUAAGUCCAAGCUCGACAAAGUGAAGAAGGCGUCAAAGGCCGAGGUUGUCGAAGAGAUCGUGCCGAAGUCAGCACCGGUCAAGGCGUCAAAAGCAAAGUCGAAGUCAAAGGCCAAGACUGCGCUAGAGGCAUCGCGGGCAGCGUCGACGCCAGCUUCGGCUACUCCCGAGCUGGCCGAUGUGCCAGAGUCCGCCAGUCUACAGGCCAAGGUCGAUGCAGAGGAAGCUAUUCUCUCCAAGCUGGCAAGCUCUGCAACAAAGAAGAGCAAAGGCGGCAAGACCAAGGCGGCAGCGCAGUCGUUGGAACCCAUCGAUCCCUUUGCCAGUGGUCUGGCCGAAGACGAUGAGGACUUGUACUACCUUCAACAAGCCCUCGACCGUCUGCGUGCUGGCGAAACUGUCACCCCUGCUAGCCUGCCCGAGGAUGUCGAGGAACCCGAGCAGCUUGAAGGUGAUGGCGUAGUCCCUGUCCAUCUGAGUGGCAGUGCGAGGACAGAGGGUUUCUACAAGAUUCCACCAGCUCAGAAGGCGGCUCACCUGCCCGAUCGGAACAAGGCCAUCGUCGAGACGACGACCAAUGUCACUCUUGCUUCGGCCCGUGACAACCGAGCCGACUCGCGCCGUUUGGUCUUGGGCAUCGAGCAGCACAAGAAGGAUACUGCGAGCGACACUGAUAUCCUCAAGUUCAAUCAAUUGCGCACUCGAAAGAAGCAGCUCAAAUUCGCCAAGAGUCCCAUUCACGACUGGGGUCUGUACGCCAUGGAGUACAUCCCUGCCAACGAUAUGGUCAUCGAGUACGUUGGCGAGGUGGUUCGCCAGCAGGUGGCCGACCAUCGUGAAAAGGUGUACGAGAAGCAGGGAAACUUCUCCACUUACCUCUUCCGCGUAGAUGACGACUUGGUGGUGGAUGCGACGCACAAGGGCAAUAUUGCCAGAUUGAUGAACCACUGCUGUGUGCCCAAUUGCUCGGCCAAGAUUCUCACGCUCAAUGGACAGAAGAGAAUUGUACUGUAUGCCAAGGUACCUAUCUUGCCUGGGCAGGAAUUGACGUACGACUACAAGUUCCAGAGCUCGGGAGAUGAGGAAGACGCGAUUGCAUGUCUUUGUGGAGCGGAAGGAUGCAGGAGAUUCCUGUGAAUCAGGGCCUAUCGGGCUGGGGAGGGGGGCAAGGGAAAGGGAAAGGAGAUUGAGAUUCGCAUUGUAUUGUACCGCCUCUUCCAUUAUCGUGAUCCUUCAUCAAUCUGGUCUCCUCUGCUCCCCCGAUCAUCAAACGUAAUCGCAUCA